UAGAGGCCAUUCAAUGAUUCUCUUGAAAUCUCCCGUUCAAUAAACAUUUUCUCCACAACUACGAUUCUCUAAUCCGAGACUUUCCGCAGAUGAAAUUCCUGCUCUUCCUCUGUGGUUUGGCCAUCGCUGCCGCCAGUCAGUCAUGGGAAAGCUUUAAGCUGACCCAUGGCAAGGCCUACUCCAACGCCAAGGAGGAGCUCUACAGGAAGACCAUUUUCGAGAGCAACCUUAAAUUCGUAGCAGAACACAAUGAACGCUUCCGAAAGGGCCUAGUCACCUUCAACGUCGCCAUGAACAGAUUUGGUGACUUGACCACAGAGGAAUUUGUAGCCCAGAUGACUGGUCUGCAGAAACUGGAGAGCACCGAGGGAAUGGAAUUCGCUCACUUCCCUGAGGCCCCCAGAGCUGCCGAUGUUGACUGGAGAAACAAGGGAGCUGUCACUCCUGUCAAGGACCAGGGACAGUGUGGAUCCUGCUGGUCCUUCUCUACUACUGGAGCUCUAGAAGGCGCACAUUUCAUCAAAACCGGAAGUCUGCCAAGCCUCUCCGAACAGCAGCUGGUUGAUUGCUCAAAGGAAAACAGCGGUUGCAACGGAGGAGUUGUGCAAUGGGCCUACGAUUACCUCAAGUCCUGCGGAGGAAGCCAGACUGAGUCUUCCUAUCCUUACGAGGCUAUUGACAACAUAUGCCGCUUCGAUUCAUCUCAGGUGGCUGCCACUGUGAGGGGAUACACGAACAUCCCCUAUGGCGAUGAGGUGACUCAGGCCUCUGCUGUCCACGACGAAGGUCCAGUCAGUGUCUGCGUCGAUGCUGGACACUUGUCCUUCCAGUUGUACAGCUCAGGUGUCUACUACGAACCAAACUGCAACCCUCAGGGCAUCAACCACGCCGUGUUGGCUGUUGGCUACGGAACCGAAGGCGGCUCCGACUACUGGAUCAUCAAGAACUCGUGGGGCAGCAGCUGGGGUGAGUCUGGAUACAUGAAGCUCACCAGGAACAAGAACAACCACUGCGGUGUUGCCACCCAGUCUUGCUACCCAACCGUCUAAGGAUUCGAAGAAAGUCUGGUUGCUUUAUUCCAUGAAGAGUUAUGAGUAUACAUCGACGCCUUAACUCAUAAGACCUUAGCUUGAUAAUCAUGUCUGGCUUUAUAUCUUGUUUAUGAAAAAUAAAGUGGAAUCGAUUA